GGUCCAUGAAGCAGAGACAAAAGAAUGCGUGAGAAGAUUGGAGCUACAGCAGAGGAACCGAGAGGAACAGGCAACAUGAGAAUCUUGAGAAUAUAGUCAUUACACACAUUGCCAUUGAACAUUUCCAAAAUUGCCACCAUUACUACGUCUUCUAUUCUAAAUAAUCAAUCAAUACGUUUAAACUCCAGUUCUGAAAUUCAGCACACUGUGUUCCCAUGAUGUCAUACCUGUGGAUUCUCCUGCUGGGUAGUUUAGUGAUCGGAGCCAAGACAGAAGACCCUGCUGCCGAGCCAGAAGAAAAGGAACCAGUGGAGGCUGCGGAGGAAGAAGCUGCUGAGGGGGACCCAGAACCUCAGGAGAUUCCAGAAGAAGAUCCAGCAGAAGAGGAGGCUGCUACUGCAGAAGAGGAGGUGCCAACUGCAGAAGAGGGGGCCCCUACUGCAGAAGAGGAGGCCCCUACCGCAAAAGCGGAGGCGCCAAAUGCUGAAACAGAGUCUCCCGCUUCAGAGGCGGUGGAGCCAACUGCAGAACAGGAGGGGCCAACUGCAGAACAGGAGGAGCCAACUGCAGAACAGGAGGAGCCAACUGCAGAACAGGAGGAGCCAACUUCACAACAGGAGGAGCCAACUUUUAAACCAGAGGUGAAAACUGUAGAACAGGAGGAGCCAACUGUAGAGCAGGAGGAGCCGACUGUAGAGCAGGAGGGGCCAGUUGCAGAACAGGAGGAACCAACCACAGAGAGAGAGUUGUCGUCUGUACAAGAGGGGGCGCCCACUGAAGAGGGGGAGCGUCUGCCAGAGGACACAGAAGAACCAGUAGUGGGGUCAAAAUCCAUUGAGGUUGAGACGGAACCAGACACUGAAGCUGGAAGUGACAAAAUCCAACCUGGGUCAAAGAGUAGCAGAGGGGCCUCCAUCGGCAAUGUGGGUGGAGCAGCAGGCACAGCGGAUGCUCAAGGGGCUGACUCUGGCACAGUGGCCGGGAUCCUAUGUGCCGUCGGCGUGGCGAUCAUAGGAGCGGCCACCGGAUAUUUCACCUAUCAGAAAAAGAAGCUCUGUUUCAAGGACAGCAGAGGGGACCUAGAGAGUGCCCGCAAGCAGGAGGCGGAGACCCAGUCGGAACCCCAGGUUCUCAGCAACUUGUUGACUACUUCCUCCUAGAUCAGCAUCCACUGGAAAAUUACCAGGACCAGCUGCCUGUAACGCAUCAUACACACACACACACACACACACGUGCACGCACAUCCACACACACCCACACACAUACACGUUGAAACACUGAUCCAUUCCAAUCUGUAGGCCUUAAAUUGGUUUUAGAUGGUGGUGUAAGACCUCAGCCACCCUUCUGUGUGUGAGACUGUUAAGCAAUAGGAUCUCUGUCUUCUAAAGAUCACAUUUUUAAUCUGUUAAAAACGGGGUGAUAUUUUCUAUCCACUAAACAGAACCUUUUUUUAUGCUAGUACUGAGGCGUGGCCCAAUAUUGUCAGCAAGAAGGCCAGGUCAUUUAUAUGGAGAUCAUUUAAACAAUGUGUAGCUCAUGAUAAUAUGGCCUCUACUUUGUUCACGGUGUUAAUGUUGUUUGUUGGGUUUUUUGCAAUGAUUUAGUCGGUACCAUGUUGAAUGUGCUGUAGCCAAUAGUCAAGCCUGAAACUAUAGUGAAUGUAGCCAAAUUCUCUAUCAUUGUCAAGCAAUACACGUUUUGUGUGACAAUGAACUCAGAGAGGAGUUGCCUAAAACACAGACAGACUGGACCACAUAGCCAGCAGUGUUCUUCAGUGUGAAUGUUGCUUGGAAGACAGAACGGUGUCACCCCUGUCGUGUGCCAGGUAUUUGGGAGGCUCGGGGACUUUUACCAGUGGGUCUAGUGUAAGAUACAACAAAUUAUGUGUUAAUUUAGCUCUGUCUGUGUUAACGCUCUGUACGUGUCUGACAUUAGGUGGUUAACCUGGCCAACCAGAUCCUGAUUGAAUCAGAUUACUAGGGAAGGUUAUGAAAUGGUUCCUUAUUCCCACUAUGAUGCAACACUAUAGCUCUGUUACACUCCACAACGUAUUUACUUGGACAAUUAAGCUAAAAUGUACUGUUUUGAUUUGAUGUCAAAUGUUUCAUAUGACAAUACAGAAUGUCACCUUUCAUUUGAAGUGUAUUUCAGAAAUGAAUGAAAUAGCUCGGUAAUAAAGAACAUUUUGUUAUGUGGCUUCAUAUGAAACAUUUUAGAUCACAUCCAAAAUGGUGGAGUGUAGAGCCAAAUAAAAUGUUUUAGCUUCACUGUCCAAAUGGAUACACAGGGCAGUGUUUAAAUGGAACAGGAGCCAUUACGUACACAGCUUCUACACUCAGGCAGCAGUGUCAACAGCUUAUCACACUUCACCAUGGAGACUGUUAGGGGUUGCUAUUGCCCGUCCUGGAAAGUGACUGGGCACACUCUGCUCUUAAUGUGGGUCUGUAACAAAAGCCUGCAAAUGCAGCAGCUCUCCGGAGUCAGAGUCAGAGAACCCGCUGCCGGCUUCAAAGCACAGGGCCGACCCAAACCGUAAGGCAAUGGUCAGCAUAUUGAGUGAUUUUCUCAUUGUUUCUUUCAAUACGGCUCCGGCACCUGGGUUUUGGUCCAGCCGUGUGAGAAGGGUAUGCAGUAUAGCUCUCGGCAUGAGUCAGUCUGGGAGAAUUGACUUCAGUGAAAGACUAGAAGAACCACUGAAGAACCACCUGAUUAGAUGAUCUGUGCACUUCAGCCAACUAACGCCUCCGACUAUCGUGUCUUGACAAGACUUCUUUUAAAGAAGCACUUUCCUUUUCCAUUGAUGUUCAGUAAUAAUGAAAAGCUGUGCUCUCCUAUUUAAUGAAUCAGUCUGUAUUACCUUGUGUUGGAGAAUUGUGUGAUUUGAAUAAUUUAGCCCUUGCUUAUUUGUCUUUUUAAGUGCUGUAAAUAAUGUUGCCAACCUGAAUAAACGACCUGUUAAGGGGAAAGUACAAGUA